AGGAGAAAACUCGAAUUCGACUGGGAGGUUAACAGGGACUGACUAGAGUCUAGACAAGUUAUCAGAAUUGGGUCCAGAUAGCAAUUAGGAGUGUAAAGAGGAAAAGUUAGCAAUGAAAGGAAAAGGAAAGAAAAAAGAGAGAAAAAUAUUCAUUCUCUUUCGAUUGAAUAAAAUUUAGUUUUGAAUAAAUGUUGAUUCGCUUUGGAAAUGCGCUCAACUAAACAUUUCCAUUGAGCAACUCAGACAAGAAAGUAAACGAUCUUCAACUGGCCAUAUCUUCAACUCUCUCCGUCUCUAUCCUUUUCUCACUCUUUUCAUCUCACUUUUCUCAUCAUCUCAUGAUCGCUUUUUGCCUCAUGAAAAUCAUUUCAACCGUCAGUCGAGUCACAACUUUUCCCGAACCAAACUUUUGUUUCUCAUUACAAUCUCAUUGCCCUGAAUAACCCUUUUACUUUACCCUUGUAAUUGAGCAACAAAGAAAAGUUCCAGUUCAGUCUUGGAAUCAAUCAUUAAUCUCAUCUCCACUUUCAUCAAGUGCCCAACACAAACAUCUAAAGUGGAUAAGCUCAACAAUAAUCUGUUCAACAAAAUGUUUAUCAGUGAAACAAUUGAAUAGAAAGUGUUUUUUUCUUCUCGAAAAUUAAAUUCGCCAUAUCAACGCAUAAUGUCUCACCUUCAUGUUACCAACCAGAAACAUAAACAACACUAGAAAUCGUGAUUCAAGUUUUGUCAGGAGAAAAAAAAGUUCUACAAAAUUUCAACCUUCGAUUUGAGAAAAUUUCCAAAUAUUCUUUACUCCCAGGCAAACUCCCAGCUUAUCAAUUAUUGUGAUUACAUUCAUUUGCUCUUCUUGAAAGCCAUUUUCAUGACUAACAUCAAAGGCAAAGUUGAAGUUUAAUCGUCAAUUUAUUCGCAUUUUAUUGAUUCACAUUACCAAUAUUAUUAUUGUUAUUAUUCUUGACAAGUUCUCACUAUUCUUCCAUUCUUCCCUGUCUAUUAUUCAGUCUCUCUUUCUCUCUCUUCAUUUUCCUCUCUUUUUCUUGUCCUUCCCUGUGUUUGUAUAAUGCUGGUUGUUGAUUGUUAAGGGAAACAAAUAAUAAUAAUAAAUGUUGACCUUAUACAAAAUUUAUUUUGCACAAACCUUUAACCAAAUUGAGCAAAUUAUUUUUUUGUGAAAACAAAAUGUUUACCUUCUUUUAAUAAUGUGCAAUUUAACAAAUUGUAAUCAAACCCUUGCAAUCAUUUAAUCAUCUGUAUCAUCAUCCAUCUUCACCAGAUUCCUUGAAUAAACACUUUUGUAAAACCAGGAAAAAAAAGUUUCGUUUGGUGCAAGAAAAAAAUGUUCAACACUGAAAACAAAUAACUAACAGUGAUUUUACUCUAAGCGUAAUCAUCAUCUACCUCACCUUCAUCUUUGGCCUUUUGUUUAGUUUUGUUUCGUUCAAGGAAUAUACUUUUCUCAAGACUUUCAAUGAUUUUGGCCAAAACUUCGUAUUCUAAUUUAUCGUCAUCUGCAACUCUCUUGAAAGCUCACACAUUGACAAAUACUCGUCGCGGGUUCAACUCUUAUCAAGAAACUGCGUAAUGUUAAGAUGCCGGGGGGACGAAGAGGGCUCGUCGCACCUCAGAAUACAUUCCUCGAGAAUAUUAUUCGGAGAUAUAAUUCACUUCCUGACUGCAGUUUCCUACUGGCAAAUGCUCAGAUCGUUGAUUAUCCGAUUGUUUACUGUUCAGAGACUUUCUGCAAAAUUUCGGGCUACAACAGGGCCGAGGUUAUGCAGAAAAGCUGUAGAUGCACAUUUAUGUACGGUGAGAUGACAGAUAAAGCAACCAUAUCCAAGAUUGAAAAUGCAUUAGACAAUCAUUCAAUGGAACAAUUUGAAAUACUUCUUUAUAAAAAAAAUCGUACCCCAUUAUGGCUUUUGUUGCACAUUGCUCCAAUAAAAAACGAGAAAGACGUUGUUGUAUUAUUUUUGCUCACAUUCAGAGAUAUAACAGCCUUAAAACAGCCGAUUGAAGAUGAUGCCAGUAAAGGUCUUAGUAAAUUUGCAAGACUUGCACGAUCAGUUACUAGAAGUCGAUCUGUUUUAGCGCAACAAUUUUCAUCACAUAUUCCUAUUAUUAAAGCUGAACCUUCCAAACAAUCGAGCUUGGGUCAUUUGAUGACCUUAAACUCGGAUGUUCUUCCCCAAUACCGUCAAGAAGCACCUAAAACUCCUCCUCACAUUUUACUUCACUAUUGUGCUUUCAAAGCAAUCUGGGAUUGGAUAAUUCUUUGCUUAACCUUUUACACUGCCAUUAUGGUACCAUUUAAUGUUGCAUUCAAAAAUAAAACAUCAGACGAUGUUAGCCUGCUAGUCCUUGACAGCAUUGUAGAUGUCAUAUUUUUCAUUGACAUUGUGCUCAAUUUUCAUACAACCUUUGUCGGACCUGGAGGUGAAGUUGUCUCGGAUCCUAAAAUAAUACGUAUGAACUAUCUUAAAAGUUGGUUCAUAAUUGAUCUUUUAUCGUGCCUACCAUAUGAUAUUUUCAAUGCCUUUGAUGAUGUUGAAGAACAAGGAAUAGGAAGUCUUUUCAGUGCUCUUAAAGUGGUGCGUCUCCUUCGUCUUGGUCGGGUUGUCCGUAAAUUGGAUCGUUACCUUGAAUAUGGAGCCGCAAUGCUCAUUUUACUUUUAUGUUUUUAUAUGCUGGUUGCCCAUUGGUUAGCAUGCAUUUGGUACAGCAUUGGUCGUUCAGAUGCGGAAAAUGGUUUCGUUUACGGUUGGCUUUGGAAACUUGGAAACAUAACUAAACAACCAUUUAAUUUCACGGUAACCGAUGCUACAAGUAUAACAAUGAGACCAGAAUUAACUGGAGGCCCUCAGCGUGGAACCAUGUAUGUCACCGCCUUAUAUUUCACCAUGACUUGCAUGACUAGUGUUGGAUUUGGUAAUGUUGCGCCGGAAACUGACAAUGAAAAAGUUUUCACCAUUUGUAUGAUGAUCAUUGGAGCUUUACUCUAUGCAACUAUAUUUGGUCAUGUAACUACCAUAAUACAGCAAAUGACUUCGGCAACUGCUCGUUAUCAUGACAUGUUGAACAAUGUUCGUGAAUUCAUGAAGCUUCAUGAAGUGCCCAAAGCAUUGAGUGAACGGGUAAUGGACUAUGUCGUCUCCACUUGGGCCAUGUCGAAGGGAAUUGAUACUAAAAAGGUUCUCAGUUAUUGUCCAAAGGACAUGACGGCCGACAUUUGUGUCCACCUUAACCGUAAAGUGUUCAAUGAACAUCCCGCCUUCCGUUUAGCCUCUGAUGGUUGCCUUAGAGCUUUAGCAAUGUACUUUUCAAUGGACCAUUCGGCGCCCGGUGAUUUGCUUUACCAUUCAGGUGAAUCUAUUGAUACACUUUGCUUUGUUGUCUCGGGUUCACUUGAGGUUAUCCAAGAUGAUGAGGUGGUCGCCAUACUGGGUAAAGGUGAUGUGUUUGGUGAUGCUUUCUGGAAGGAGCCGACCAUUGGCCAGUCUUGUGCCAAUGUGCGUGCUCUAACAUAUUGUGAUUUACAUGCAAUAAAGAGAGAUAAAUUACUCGAAGUGCUCAACUUUUAUCAUACUUUUGCAAAUUCAUUUGCUCGCAAUUUAAUGUUAACUUAUAAUCUAAGGCAUCGGCUUAUUUUCCGUAAAGUUGCCGAUGUUAAAAGGGAAAUGGAACUUGCUGAACGACGUAAACACGAUCCUCAACCAGACCUUGCUCAAGAUCAUUUAGUUCGUAAAAUAUUUUCCAAAUUUCGAAAACCUUCAGACACAAGUUCAGUUCCAACCUUUUCCCGGCCUUCAUCAUCCAAUCCACCGACAAUUCCCAACACGGCGGUUAGCAGUACUGAUCCAGAAAAGGGUUUCCCUGGUUCAGGUCAUGGUCUUCCUGGUUCGGGUGGAGUUGGUGGUGGCGGUGGCGGUGGAUUGGCCAUGAGACUGGCAGGACUUGCACAUGCUGCCCAUGCUGCGAGUGCUGGAACUGGUGGUGUUGGUGGUGGAGUGGCACCUGGGGAAAGUUUACAUUCAGAGAGCAACAAGACUUUUGGUGAAUCCAACAUUGGUGAUUCUCGUGGUUCAUCGGCUGCAAGUAAAGCUUCUCGAUGGGCUGCAGCCUUGGCCAGUGCAGCAACCAACAACUCGAUCAAUGCUGCUCUUGGUUUGGAUAAAGAGUAUGAUGACAACAACUCGGGUGGUCGAAGAACUGAACUUGUUUGCAAAAAGUCGGAACACAUUCAUGUGGUUAAAGACAUUCGUCCACCGACACAGGGUAACAAAUGGCCGCGAAUACCAACCUCUUCAGGAAGACCUGAGACUAUUGAGGAAGCCAAAGAGCCUAUUGAGAUAACUGGAACAACAACUUCAUCGACCACAACAAGUAUGGGCACAACGGGUAAAAUGACGGGUGAUUCGACGGGAGAAAAGGGCGACACUAAAAUUGUCUUGCAUCCAAAGAGCAUUAAUAAUGUUGACUAUCAACAAAUUGUGGCCUCACUGAUCGAUAUGAGGGUCGAUUUAAAGUUGGAAAUUCAAAAGCUCAGUUCGCGUGUAAAUAAAAUCGACGAUCAUUUGGCGGAAUUGAGUGAAAAAGUAUCCUCCCUGUCUUCUGUUUAUCAAAGCAAUGCUGCCUCACCCAAUCCAAUAGCCAAUCAGCCUGAAUUUAUGCUCUCACCAGUUCCAAGUAAUGUUCACAACAGAGGAAUCUCAGAGGAUGGUAAAGGUGGAGUUGUGGUCAAGAAGAGUCAAAGUGAUAAAGGAAUGAGCACAAAGAGUAAAGAUUCAAGUUCAAGUCAAGUUAAAGGUUCCCGUUCACUGAAAUCAUCUUUCCUCACCAAAGUGAGUGGAUCUUCAAGCCAAUCACCAAGUCCAGCAGCCGCUUCAAGUGGAACAACCUUUUUCGGUUCCGGACCAGGACCAGCAAGUUUACCAGUUACACAGUCAAGUAGUCAGUCAAGAGCAACUCCAACAACCGGAGCAACAGCUCCAGCAACAUCAACCAGCACAGCCUCAACUGCCAUGAAAGCAACAAGCAAAGUGGACGAAGUGCGAGCAAUGAUGGAAACCGAGAUUGCUGAACAAGACGCCGGUGCAACAGAUGAAGAUCCCGAUUUAACUUCAAAACUGUGAGACCCGCCAGCAACCAUUUUACUAAUCAAAACAAUCCAUCCAAAAAUGCACACAAAACAUUAACCUUAAAAACCUGGAAAAGCUCAUCAAGAGUUGUUGGCGAACCGAAAAUUGUGGAUCAAAAAGGACAAUUGAAUAGAUUUAAUCAGAUAAAAUACUAUGCCUGAUACAAAAUACUCUAAUCACAAUCAAAAGAAUAUCAAUUUUUUUUUAUUUUAUCAUCAUAAAAGAUGACCAUAAUAAUACAAAAAUCCCGCUGACAAAACAGCUCAAAUUGCAACUUUCGUCUGACCAGAAGAAGACCUUUUGUUCAAGAAAAAGUGAGACAAAAACUGAGUUCAAAAUGAUGAUCAAUAUCUUCAUUCCUUCAUCACCAUCAUCAUUAUGAUCAUUGAAUAGUCGGACGCAAAACGGACCAACAUUCAUCAAUAUCAUUUUUUUUGGUAAACUUUUUUGUUCUUCUCAGCGCAUCUUCUCAACAUUGUAUCAUCAUAAAUCACCUCAUCACUCCAAGGUUGACCUGGCUCACCUUAAAUGCCUAAUACAAAAUGCAAAGCGGACAGACAACAACAAGAAGAAAACUCAUUUUACACUUAACACACUUACAGCACUUGAGCACUUUUCCCGAUUCCUCGCCGUUUUCCCGUUUAACCUUUUCUCUGUCCAUUCAGUUUUCAAUUCAAGUCUUCAUUAUCUUUACACAUUCAAUGUAAACAUAAAGAUAUUAUUAUCAAACCUCUUUCUUUUCCAAUGAUAAUGAUUACAUUCCUUACCAUGUUACAAGCACAAUAUGUUGUUGUUAUUAUUGAGAUGAAACAAAAAUAUGAUAUUUUGACAAAAAAAUAUAAGAAAUGAAGAAAAAACUGAAAUAAUUGUCAAUUCUUGUUAAUAAUUACGGUCUUUUUGUUUCUUAAAAUGGAUAAAAGUGACUCAAUUUUUUCUCUCA